AGACUGGAAGUAAACUGGUCCAUGAAAACGUCCAGUUGGCCGCAUCCAGCGCUCACCCCUUCGAGCAGCCCUGUCAGUCAGUUAUAGUCAUAUCACCUCCAUGGAGACAGUGCAUGUGAUGACAGCAAGGUUGAGCCUUUAUCCAGCAACAGGCUGGGCUCAACUGAACCGCACCUUGCUGCUUCACAGUCACAGUUCAGGAAUGCAGCACAGACCAGCUCCACCUAUAAUUCUCCUGGGCUUUGACCUGAGCUUCUCUUAUAUGUUACAUAACGAUGCAGACGGGCUGAAGUCCGUACAGGAGAGGAGGUAUUGGUUGGAUGCGCAGCUAAUAUGGCGGUGAGUGCGGACCCACAGAUAGCUAUAAUAGGAUCCGGGAUAUCAGGUCUAGCAGCAGCACACCGGCUCGUUAACGCUGGAUUUCAUCACGUGCGGAUACUUGAAGCGACUGCAAGAAGCGGAGGAAGAAUAAAAACUGGCAGACUGGGUAAUAACAUUACAGAAAUAGGUGCAUCUUAUAUCCACGGUCCAUCUGAGGGGAACCCAGUGUUUUGUCUGGCUCGGGACUAUGGCCUCCUGGAUCCAGAGGCCCUCACCCAAGAGAACCAGGUCGUGGACUAUAAUGAACAUAUUCCCUGGGUUCCCAACUGGUUCAGCAGUUCAGGUCAGAAGCUCAGUGCUGAACUCAUGAAACCUGCUCUGAAGAUGUUUGAGGAGCUAUUGGAUGAUACUUUUCAAUUUGAGAAUCAACAAGGAACGCUCUGGGCCAGCGUAGGACAUUUUAUACGAUCAAAGGCCCGACGGCGAGCAGCAGCGAGUUGGACAGAUAAAGAUAAAAGCACCAGAGAGCUGCUACUGUCUGCGAUCAGUGCCAUGUUGAAGUUUGAGUGCUGCGCCAAUGGGACUCCCACCAUGGAUGAGAUAGACCUGGCGGGAUUUAAUGUCUACAAGAGUCUACCUGGACUGGACUGCACAUUCCCAGGUGGCUUCGAGGGCCUAAUCGAGAACUUGAUGUCGGAACUCCCCAGUGGUUUAGUGACCUACAAUCGGCCUGUUCGCUGUGUCCACUGGAACAACACAGAGAGCGGAGUAAACACUGUCACGGUUGAGUGUGAUGAUGGGGAGAGGAUCGCUGCUGAUCAUGUCAUUGUCACAGUACCUCUAGGAUACCUUAAGAAGCACCAUUCAACCCUGUUCUGUCCUCCUUUGCCGACACACAAGCUGAGCUCCAUCCAGAGACUAGGAUUUGGAACAUGCAACAAAGUAUUUGUGGAGUUUGAAUCACCGUGGUGGGAUGCUGACUGUGAGGUCAUCUACCUGGUGUGGAAAGAUGAGGAGGAUGUUUUGGACCAGGUGUCAAACAUGUCCUGGAUAAAGAAGAUGUCAGCAUUCACUGUGCAGAAACCCUCUGAAAGGUAUAGCCAUGUUCUCUGCGGCUGGAUCGCCGGGCACGAGUCAGAGUAUAUGGAGACACUUCCUGAGCAGGAUGUCAGAUUUGCCAUCACAGAGCUCAUCCGUACAUUCACAGGAAACCCUACCAUCACCCCGAGGAGAAUCCUGCGCUCCCAGUGGUUUCAUGACCCCUGGACAUGUGGAUCUUACAGUCACACAGCAGUAGGCUGUUCGGUGCAGGACAUGGAGAACAUGAUGGAGGCCCUGCCUACGAAGGGAUCACAGUCACAGCCCCUGCAGGUGUUGUUCGCUGGAGAGGCUACUCAUCCCUACUACUACUCCACUGUCCAUGGAGCUCUUCUCACUGGGUGGAGAGAAGCUGACCGACUCAUCUCACACUAUUCCUCCAUCAGUCCAUGUCCAGAUCAAAAAUUGUAAGAGAUGAACAGUUAUGCAUUAAAAAUAGUUUCCCCCCCAGAA